AUGCGGCACACUUCCACGCACCUGAGCAGCAGCAGCAGCAGCAGCAGCAGCAGCAGCAGCAGCAGCAGCAGCAGGUCCACGCACGCUGCAGCAGCGCCGGCGCUGGACGCGCGCCAACAGCAGCAGCAGCAGCUGCUGUUCCUGCUGCUCUUCCCGCAAGAACAGCAGCAGCAGCAGCAGCAGCACGUCCACCAUCCUCACCAGCAAAAGAGCAGCAGCAGCAGCAGCAACAUCAUCAGCAGCAGCAACACCAUCACCAGCAGCAGCAAAAACACCCCCAUCAACAGCAGCAAAAACACCCCCACCCCCACCCCCACCAUAACCAGCAGCAGCAGCAGCAUCAUCAUCAUCAUCAUCAUCAUCAUCAUCAUCAUCAGCAGCAGCAGCAGCAGCAGCAGCAGCAGCAGCAGCAGCAGCAGCAGCAGCAGCAGCUGA